AUGGAGCACCCCGACAUUGCCAGCCAGGACUCGGAUGGCUCGGGCUCCUCGGAUGAGUUUCCCUCUCAAUACCCUUUGAGGGCUAACUCAGCCUUUGUGGAAGCCUUUGAUCCGCUAGUCCAGACGCCUGCCACCACCAUCACCUCGUCUCCUCCAUCAGCUCAUUCUCCAAGUUUAACUUCAUGGUCCAGCACACCGACAGCUCGUCCACGUGGGGCUAGUGUUGGAGCCUCUGCAGCCCUCGAGAAACCUGAUGGCAUGGCGAUGUCUACCGAUCUGCGACCGCAGCGUCCAUCCGCCCCCGCGAGGACCCCGUCCAACACCUAUGCUCCUCAACGACGGCCACCGCAAUACAUCAGUCUUCAGCAAAACGACCGGGCACGCUCAUCAUCGGCGAAACAAGGUACCCGACGCGACCCGAACGCCCAAUAUCGGGCCCAAGAAAAGGCCUAUGUACAGCGGAUACGCGCUAAUCCGCAGGCCUGGUACCAUCACUUCAACGACGCACAGGCCAACAAUAUGAUGCUCGGAGAUGCAGACCUGGAGGACCCCUCCCCCUCAUCUGAGGCACCUUUUGAAGACGAUCCCUACGACCCCGAUACCCAACUUUUUCUUCCCCAUGAUAAUAUGCCCACCACGGAGGAAUUACGCAACCCCAAGAACCAAGAGCGCCUCGAAUGGCAUUCCAUGUUAGCAUCAGUCUUGAAGGGCGAUGUAGUCAAGCAAGAGAAGCAGCGAUUACUGGGAUCCACAGAAUCCAACCGAUCGGCCGCGGUAAGCCAGGCUCUUUGGAUCGGUGUUAGAGCGCGGACGUGUGGGCGGAGCAUCGCUCUCCAGCAAAAGCUCAUCGAAGAUGCCCGUCGCCAGCUAGGGCCCGUCAUUGAGGACAUUAUCAAUUUUCAAAUCAAAGGUGAAACUGAAAUUGGAAAAGCACCGAGGCAACAAGUGGAAGAUGUUGUGGAGAAAGUCGAGCGUUGUGAGGAGUUAUAUUCUACUCGUAAAGAGAUGGAAAUUGCCAAUCCCCGCACAGCCUCGGAAGAGUUCUCGUCGAGCCGCGAUGCGAUCUUUGCCUGGCACAACAUCACCGCUCUUAUCAAUACAGAACUAGCCGUGUUGCAAAGUUGGGUCGGCAACGAGGCCCUCGACUUCAGCCAGCCCAAAUCCAAAACUGAAGGUAGCGAUUUAUCGGAUGACACUUCUUUCCUGGAUCGUAUUAUGAAGGAGGACGGUUUGAAGACUCUCCAGGGUGAUCACAGCAUGCUCCAGGGCCUCGGCGAGGUUAUUCAGAAAGCCAAAAGUACACUGAUCGAGAACUCCGAAGCUUUCGCGACACGACAUUUACCGCCUUAUAUUGAAGAGCUUCUCACAUUAAUCAACUUCCCCUCGCGGUUGAUCCAGGAAAUCAUUCGCGUUCGCCUGUCAUACGCGAAGACCAUGAAAGACCCAGCUCAACAGUCACCAAUUCUGGUGGACCAAAUGAUUUCGCAGUUCCAGAUUUUGAUGAGAGUCGCCGUUGAUAUUAAGCAACGCUAUCUUGCCAUCUCAAUGCCUCAGCCUGGUUGGGAUCUACCACCUUGCGUCGACGAAAACUUUGACUCGGUGGUACUCGAUGCUAUGAAGUACUAUUUCCGCUUGUUGAACUGGAAACUCAACGCCAAUAAGAACACAUUCAAAGAAGCCGAAAUUCUGGAGCAGGAGUGGGAAUACUCUUAUGAUAUCGGUCGACAGCUUGGAAGCGGCGAUGUUGAGGUGGCUGAGCAAUUCAGUGCUUUGACUGCCAAGUCGCUUCAACGACUUAUGAUACACUUUGAGCGGGAGCUCGUACCGCGGCAUAAUGAGACUGUCGCCGACAUGGACAAGCGCUAUAAGAGCAUCUUGGAUUCUACGCGUAUCCGUCAACGAAAGCUUUACCGAUUCUCCAGGUUUCUAUGCCAGUUGUUUGAAAAUGCCACCGAGUAUAACAUCUCUGCUGAUAUCGCAUACGAGUUCUUCGAAGCGUUACUUAUUUCUGAUCAUUUCCUGGUUACCUCACCUAACUCGGUUGGUCAGAAAGGUGUCUAUUUGAUUGCGCAUCAUUCAUUGUGGAAUCGUCCGGCCGACAUCCAGGGCAUUCUGGCUACAUCCUUCCGAGAGGAUGAUGUCACCAAAGACGUCCCUGACAUCCCAUAUGUAUUGGCUAUUCGCCCAGAAAAGCCACUAGCCUGGGCUGGAAAAGAGAUGCAGAUUGAUAUCUUGGAGCAACCCACAGAUGUCCGUCUCGGUAAGCUUCGGCUUGUUGUCGAGGGUCUGCAAGAGCGACUGCAGAAUGCGAGAAUGGAGUUGACGCAUCUCACCGGCAUUCAAUUGGAUAUGGCAAUUGAGCAGCGCGCAAACCUUGGACGCGUCAACGUGGAAUUAAACAAGAUCAAGAAGAUCUCCUUCAAGCUGUCUAUGGCUAUCAUGGACAGCGUGGCGGUAAUUAAAAAUCAGCUGCGGGAGAAAACGUGGGAGAACAAUGACCUGAUUCAGGCUUGUUAUGCAUUCGCUACCGAGUUCGGAAAGCGUUCUUCCAACUAUGUCGAUGCCAACAGACGCGCUAUGAACAGUGCUCGAUUGGUGGAGCUGUCUCUUGAUUGGGUCUCGUUCAUCUGUGAUGACUGUGAUGCUGCCGACCGGAAAACCUUCAAAUGGGCGGUUGCUGCACUUGAAUUUGCUAUGGCCAUAACAUCUAGCCGCCAUCUUCUUUCUUUGGACGAGGAACAAUUUGCCCGUCUCAGGUUGAAGGUGGCAGGUUGUAUGUCUCUUCUCAUAUCUCAUUUCGAUAUCAUGGGUGCCCGUUCAUCCCUCGCGGCCCAGGCAGAAAAGCAGCGGAUGGAGGAGCGGGCUGGUGCUCGAAAGACUGGCGCUGGUCGCAUUUUGAGCGAUCAAGAAGCUGCCAAGCAUAUCCGUGAGCAAUGGUAUGCCCGUCUGACCGAGAUCGAGGACCGAAGAGUCGAGGAGUGUGCCAAGCGCCAGGCCUUAGGAAGAGUUCUGGAAGGGUCCAACGAGGCAGACCGGUCUCUCACCGUGUUAUCAUCAUCCGCCACAAAUGUCUCUCUACGUUGGCAACAAGGCCAGUUUAUCGGUGGCGGUACCUUCGGCUCCGUCUAUGUUGCGAUCAAUCUGGACAGCAAUUAUUUGAUGGCUGUGAAGGAGAUUCGCUUGCAGGAUCCCCAGUUGAUCCCCAAGAUCGCGCAACAAAUUCGCGAUGAGAUGGGUGUUCUUGAAGUGUUGGAUCACCCAAACAUCGUUUCCUACCAUGGUAUCGAAGUGCAUCGCGACAAGGUCUAUAUCUUCAUGGAGUAUUGCUCGGGUGGCUCACUUGCCAGCUUGUUAGAGCAUGGUCGGGUGGAGGAUGAGACAGUGAUCAUGGUUUAUGCUCUCCAACUAUUGGAGGGUCUGGCCUAUUUGCAUCAAGCCGGGAUUGUUCAUCGGGAUAUCAAGCCAGAGAAUAUUCUACUGGACCACAAUGGUAUCAUCAAAUACGUGGAUUUCGGUGCAGCAAAGAUCAUUGCUCGGUCAGGCCGCACAGUUGCUCCAGCGGAUGGUCCAAACUUUAACAAGGACGCUAUUGGGAAGGAUCCCCAGAUCAUGAACCAGCGCAAGAACCAAAAUACCACCACCGGUACCCCUAUGUACAUGUCGCCGGAGGUGAUCCGUGGUGACUCUGAGAACCGCCAAAGCGCCGUGGACAUCUGGUCUUUGGGUUGUGUGAUCCUUGAAAUGGCCACCGGCCGCCGACCAUGGUCUACCCUUGACAACGAGUGGGCAAUCAUGUACAACAUUGCCCAAGGCAACCAGCCCGCCCUCCCAAGCCGUGAUCAGCUCAGUGAUUUGGGUCUUGAUUUCCUGCGACGCUGCUUCGAAUGCGAUCCUCUUCGCCGAAUCACGGCUGCUGAGCUCCUCCAGCAUGAAUGGAUCGUCUCCAUCCGCCAACAGGUGGUCCUCGAGCCUUCCACCCCAAGCAGUGAGAAUGGAGGCUACAGUAGCUCCAGUUCCAACAGUCGGCAGAAUUCGGCAUACGGUGGAUUCUAA